ACCAUAUGACAUUCAGUAACAGUGACUUUCCCACGAGAAAACUGUCGUUGUUAUUGAUAUUUCCAAACGUUUUCUGAUCAGAAGUGCUCUCACCGACUGACCUUUGAAUGCUCUUACGGGAAUAUCCUCUCGAGAAGGAAUUUAUUCAUAACACCAGCGGCAAUGGGGAGGACACCGAUGAUGUCUUUGUCGUCUUGUGUGAUCUUGUUGAUGCUGGUUUCCAACUCUUAUGCCAAGUCCUUGAUCGUUAAUGAUGUCCCUGAUCCACCCAAGAAGUCCUCCUUCAGGCCACCACUUGCAAGAACAGCUCCUUUUGCCAGGCAAUAUUUCGCCAAAAAGAGACAAGAAUCGGUUGAUGAAAAUACUCCCGCAACAAAUGCUCUGAAAGAAACAAAACGACCCCCAUUUUCUGCGGUGUACGAAUUAUCAGUGAAAAUCGGCAACGCUCCACAGCCUCUCCCAGUCAUUAAAUUCCAGUCUUUGGUGAGAUAUGAUCAUCCUCAGGAAGACAAGACCUCCUCGCAAAGGGAAGAACAUGGAGGAGAGCGCAUCAUAUUUCCAGACCAAGUCAAAGACGACACACUGAAACUGCUCGAUGAAGCAGCUACAACUGGAGUUAGUACUAUUAUUUCCACAAAGGUCCCCAUUCUUACGACAACAGAAGCCACAACAGUAAAGCCAACAGUAACAGUAACACAAAUACCAACAACAACAGUAACAGCUGAACUAACAACAACAACAUCAACAUCAACAACAACAACAACAACAACAACAAAACCAACCACUGAGGAUCCCUGGGAAGCGUUCUGCAACGAAGCCUGUCAGGAGGGACUAGCUGGCCCUGAGUGCGAUUGUGCCGAACACCCCAUUGGAUGAAGAAGCGCAUAAUUUUAGUUUUAGACGAAAUUUCGGCCAGGGGCCGUGAUCACACACUGGACUCAAGGUAUCCCUUUUCAGAUUUAUCCAGUAUAGCAGCCUAAAUCCCUGAUUGCCACAGCAGUAGCAGCAAUUAGGAUGAACAUUAUUUUUUUUUCUCCGUGGAAACAAAUUGGCGAAUAAACGAGAGUAAAAAUGA